UCCCUGUCUGACAUUUAUGUUUAUUUUGAUCAGCGAAGCGCACGCGCAUGCGUCGCCACAGCUGAUUCACACACCGCUGCGGAUGACAUUCGCUAAGUCCUCUAUAAAUACAGCGGUGUAACAUUUAACCAGCCUCGAUUUGUUUCUUUUUCACGAAGUAUAUGCUUAGUACCUACUUCUUAUUACCACUUUUAACCUAAGUAAGGCGGAACUAAAUUGGUGGAGAGGUAGCUUGGACCUGAGAAUGGAAAUGGCAUAUUUUGAUCCCCAUCUCAUUUUUUAAGUUGGUGCUGUAUAUACAGAAUAACCUCACUGAAUGAGCACUAGCCACAAAACAGACAGGAGCAAAUACGUGCACCCCGCAUCCACCCCACUCGCAUGAAUCUUAUAUAAGUAAGAAUAACAAGCCAAGUAUCCCGACUGACUGAAAUGUAUUCUCAGCCAUUACUGACGGCUUGGCCAGGCCACCAGCAACACCUAAGACUCAAGUGCUGCCAAUGCAUAUUCAUAUGGUUGGUUGCGUCAAGGCCUUGGAGGCAGUUCUCCAUGACACGGCUCGUUUAAUAAAUGGAUAGGGUACCCUAUAAUAAAUUUUAUCUAACCAUCUUCCUACUGCGGAUUCGGAGUGAGUUUAAGUAGUAAUAACACAGAAAAUUGAGUUAAGUAAUAUUCAAUGGAUUGAAUGUGGGCUGUUUUACAUGUAUAAGUUAAAGUAAUCAAAUAAUCGAUGACAUAAGUGAUUAUGGAUGUCGCUGGCUGCUCCACUUUCGGAAGGAAAGCGGACUUGAUAAAGACUUAUCAUCACUCACACGGAUCAUUAAGACGAGUGCACGCGACGCGAGCGGCGAGGCGCGGUGCACGUGCGCGCGCUCCCUCGUGCCGCGUCUUACUGGUUAAUUUGGCGGGAACCAGCGUAUCGGCAACGGCAUGCCCUAUCUAUCGUAUUUAUUGCAGCCGCUAAGUGUCACAUUCCAAAAUCAAACGAACCGCGAUCAAAAUAACAACUUUAUAGUUUUAUCGUCACGAAACUUAGUAAGAAACCAGAAAAAACCAUUGUUAGGUGGCGGAGGUGCCGGAUGUGUAUGGGUGUAAUUUACAUAGACGCGUACCGAUACUGAGUUUUGUGAGAAUCGUUAUGCCCUUUUCAUCGGUUGGAACCUGGAAUUCAUCAUAGCGGCUGGAACUUUUGAUCUGAGAUCAAAAAUGGAAUAAAAAAAAUCCCAAUCUGAGAUACGUUGACGCUAUCGCCCUUUAGAGAGUUGGCUUUCCUAGUCAAGCCUGAAAUGGCACUCAACAACAUUCGCCAGUACGAAUGAAAUAAGCCUAAACAUGUGGUACUUGCUACAAGUGGAAUUCCCCUCUCUGUUGUCUCCAUCAUCAAGUCAGAUCCAAGCCAAUAUAAACAAGCCAAUAUACUUAGCCUUAUCCUAUGUAUCGGUCUGUUCAGUCACGAAAGGCGUUGUAUCACAGACACCACCACAUAAAUCGUCUGCAAUAGACGAAAUGGCCGUUGAUUGAUCCUAUGUACCAAUAUGUAUCAUGUACCCGAUGCAUGAACAUUUUUAAUGAAAGUCGCCCUCGAAUUGUCAGGGUUUCCAUAAACCGACUUGUUGAUAAUGAUAGUAAACCAAGCUGUAACCAACCAUUAUAUUAAAAAUAAAAAAACCAUCCCACCAUCUCGGAAAGAGUAGUUUGGCUAUAUGAUGAUGUCCUCCUAGCCGAUUAUCGGCUACGGCGGCUGUUCUCAUGUAUUGAGAUUAGCCAACUACGCAGAACAUUAUAGUGCACGAGCAUUUGCGCAGACACAGGUGCACUCACUAUUCCUUAACUCUCAUAGCCCGAUGGGACGGUAAUCCGACACGACCGGAGAGAGAUCAGGCGCAGGACCGACAUUUACGUGCUCUCCGAUGCACGUGUGUAUCAAUCACCAGCUUCCAGGCUCCGGACUGCUUUGUGAAAGUCUUCUAAAACCCGCAAAGCGAUUUCGGCCCGACUCGGGAAUCGAACCCGAGUCCUCGUGUUCAGCAGCCGCACUUGCGACAGCUAGACCAACGAGGCAGGUAACGAGGUAUUUUGCUAUAUAUUAAGUACUUUGCUAUGUACAUACGUAUUUAUUUACAAUAAUUAUGUUUCGAAUCCAGGUCAGGCACGUGUCACUGCAACUUUUCAAAUAACUACAAGUUUGUAUGUACUUUUUAAGGAGGUAUAUCUUGGACACCGAUGACUGUGUUUCGGAUGGCACGUUAAACUGUAGGUCCCGCCUGUCAUUAAAUAUCUUUGGCAGUCGUUACAAGUAGUCAGAAGUCAGUAAGUCUGAUACCUACCGUCUAACUAUUGCUACUAAUUGGGGAAAAUCAGAAAGUAGUUUCUCCACUUUUGGGAAGUCGGUUUGAAAACACAAACCGGUUAACUAACAGUUUGCGAAAUCUGAGGAGAUGAAGCUUGGGUGAGUAGUGACAGGAGAUGAGUUCCCUCGGCAGGUACGAGCUCGUCAGCCACACUCUGAAGUGGAGCUGUUCCCGCUGCGCACGCCGCCCGCCGCGGGAACUGGGUGACGAGCGCCAUCGCCGCCCGGCACCGCUCGCCCUCCGCCACAGGGAUGUACUCGCUAACUGUUUACCUUGCCGUGCCGUCAUUAGUAGAUUCGAGAAGUCAAGUCAAACCGUGCGGUUUUAAAUAGACUUAUGACAGGUCCUACCAAAAAUAAGAAGCUGGGUGCACGGUUCCAAGGAUUUGGUCUCAUGGAGACGAACUGACAAGGAACUUCACAUAGAUACUUUUAAAAUAAUUAAAUUAAUAAAUUGCUCAUCUUACAUUUGUAAGUAUGUAAUAUGAGGACCACAUAUUGUAGACGAGGGCAAAUGAAAACAUUACUACCGAAAUAGGAGGGCCAAAAUUCAGUUUGAAGCAGCUAGAAGCUCAGCAGGCUCGAUUGCUGACUUCCGUAGACGAGCACCACGAAUGCUCUGCUCCUGUUAGUUCGAGCAUAUGAGUGCUGCCCUGGCGCGGGCCGCGCUGUGCCAGCCACGGCGCGGCAGUGUGCCCGCCACCGCGCUGCCGCCCGCACUUGCUGUUCGGAUACUAUUUGCAAACACUGAUUGAUCGGAUGCAUUGUUACGUGUUACUGGCUCGGUGUGAACCUAUUAGUGUCGUGCCUCUGUCAGCUACUCUCGAGAUGUGGCGGCCGCAGCUCGGCCGCAUCACUCACUGCUACAUUAAAAUAUCCUGAGAAGUCCUCCAUUAAAGUGCAAACAAACAUGAAUGGCGGAAGAUCAGAUGCGUCAACUUCUACUGACGACGUAAAGAAUCGUCCGCUGUGCCUGUUCUACUUCACGCACCCGUUCGGCGUGCUGUCGCCCGAGCCGCCGACGCUGGCCGCGGCGCCGGCGCACAUCGCGCGCGCCUUCCUCAACAUGCAGCCCGUGGCGCCCUUCACGCUGUGGAGCCCCCCGGGCGCCGCGCCCGCCGCGCCCGCCUCCGACGACGACUACAACACCGCCAGCUCGGGCUCGCGGCCCAGCUUCGAGCUGGGCAACGCCACGGUGCACCGCGCGCCGCUCAACCUGCUGAGUGUGACGCGCACGCGCAACUGCACGCUCGACUUCAGCACCAGCCGCGACUCCGUGUCCAAGUCGUUGUUCGCCACCGACAUGUGGUUCAACUCGAGCUCGAGCUGCCGGACUACCGACUACCGGCGCCGGCUGGUCCCCUACAACAAGAUCCUGCCGCCGUUACAGCUGCCCAGCCCCAAAGACUCCACUAACUUGUCUAGUUCCGAUGACUUUUGGCCAAAAAAAUGUUUAAAUCCUGAGAAAUUCUCUCUGCCCCCCAUCGAAAUGCCUUCAGUGAAUGUGAAAUCAGUUCGGAGUAAAAAGUGUAGCUUGAGCUCUGAGGAAGCGUCGAGCGCUGAAGGGCCGAUGGCGCGCAGCCCGCGGCACCGGCGCCGCCUGGGCGUCAGCAAGCCGCGCCGCGCGCGCGCCGCCGACCUGCGCCGCCUGCUGGCGCUGCGCAUGCGCCGCGCCCUCGCAGGUUAUAGGAUACAUUUCAUCACGCUACGACCAAUAGAAGCAGAGCAGUAA